UAUAAAAAUCAUGAAAUUCAUCAUAAGCAAUUAUUUAUUCAUAAACAGAUCGUAUAGACGUCUAUAUGGUACUAAAGUGUGUAUAAUUUCUUGCGCCUUGACCUUUUCAGUGGUCCGUUUAUUACACGCCAUUUGUAAAUUGCAGGGAUUGAGCUUUUUGAAUCGUUUCGCGCCUUUAACAUUUUAAGUUUUAACUUUUUACAAAAUAUAAAGGUUAUGUUUCUUAUUUUAUUUUUGCGUGCAGAGGAUCAAUGCUUAUACACUAAAACCAUGUAUUUUUUAAACGAAGCUUUCGUCCGGAGUGAUAAAAAUAGUUGAUAUAAUUUUAAAGGAUGCAGAAACUUUUUACGACCUUAUCGCACACAGGGAUUUCUUAAAAUUUUAAUCAACACGUCAGAGUUUGGGUUUAUUCUUGACUAGUCUUUCUGUUCUAAUUACCUUGACGAACAAUUUGGUUUAAAUUUUAUCGCGCCUUACUCAAAUACACAAUUUAUGAAGAUGCAAGUGGCCCAACUAGAAUAGAAUUUAUUUUCGGUGUAGAACAGGCCUUACAGUAAUAACCUCAGUAUCACGUUGUCACGUGAUUUUAUGGAAAAGGGCGGAUUUUCAGAAAAUUCAAUCACACGUCGAUUAGCUUUCAAGUAUUCAAGGUCACGCAAUUGCAUUAAAAAUGGACGAAACUUCUAAUAAUAACAUGGAGGAACCUGUUAUCAACAGCCAAUCUGCCCCCACAAACGCUAAACGGAAUGGAACAAUUUGACCUAAUCAGAAGCUACCUGGACAAAAGGUUUAUCAAACAGAAACAAGAAUUCGAAACAAAACUGCAACAACAGAGUAUACCGAAAAACAUAAAGGUUUCAGCUAAACCAGAAUCGUCGAGACAAUUUAAGUUUAAAGGUAAUCAAAUCCAAUUCGAAUUUAACCAAAAAUUAGUGGAAGAUUUGAAAGAUGUUAUCGACCUUAUCAAAGAAGGUUCUGUAUCAAGAUCAACAAAACGUUUAGCAGGAAUAAAACUCGAAAUCACGAAGCGAAACAAGCUGAUAGAAAUGGCGGAUAGAUCACCAGCAGGAUGGGCCACUGUAGAAGAGUACUUGUCUGAUGAAUUAGCAAGCGAUUCAGAUGACGAAAAACGGAUAAAAUCGGCUGAGUCAAAAGCACUGGCAAAAAAGAAAGCAAAGGUAAAGCCAAAGUCCUUCUACCCUCCACUUUUCAGCCCUAUGCACACCCAACUAAUGUCCUCGUCGCCACCUAUGCCAAACCAUUUCUAAUCACAAAGAUACGAAUUUCCAAGAGAACCAUCUCAACCGUCUGGGAGCAUCGGCAACCAUAACUCAUCAUAUUAUUCCCAAUCAACGU